CUUGAAACAGUCCCAGGCCCGCCUUGGUGAGCACUAUCGAAUGCCUCUCAACCUCACACUUCUCACCUACCUCUGGGCCUCUGACCCCACCAAAGUGAAUCCUGAAACAACCUCAACUGGCCUCUACAUUGCCUUCCUGGAGCUGAUUGAGUCUCGCUUGCAGACACGACUCCAGGAAAGGUUAAGUUGUGUGGAUCUGCCCAAAGGUAGAAGUCAAGAAGUAGUAAGGGAGUUUCAGAAAGAUUUGUACAGAGUUUGCAUGGACACGCUUCUAUCAGACUCAAUGCAGCUCUCUACUGAAUCAAAAGAUGUACUGGAAAAGAAAUGCAAAGACUUAAAAGUCCCUUUCAAUGAAAUAAUUGAAGCCUUUCUUGUAGUUGAAAAGGAGUGGACAAGCAGUGGCUACAAGACUGAACUGACUGUGCCUCACAAAAGCAUUUUAGAAUUUUAUGCUGCAAAUCAAUUCAUUAAUAAACUAAGGAAUGAUAAACCAGAGGAUAUUGUAUCUUUGUUGAUGAAGAAUUAUGGCAAAACAAGGGAUGAAAUAGAAAAUUUCCUUGGGAGCCCUAAACCAGAAGAUGUAAAGUUGCUGAAAAAGACUUGCAAUGAUCUUCUAAAAACAGACCAAAACCUGGCCAAGUAUGAUAACAUGCUCUUACACCUGACAGGUCUGUUGACUCAUCAGUGCCCUGACAUGUUACAUAGGUAUGCUGAGGAGCUUGUUGAUAUACUGAAGGAAGCCGAAUUCAAGGGAACCAAAUGGCUUGACAUACUUGUGGAAGCCAAAUGUGAUGACACGCUGGCCACCCUCCUAGCUCCACUAAAUGACCUCUGCCUCAUAGUCCACGAUGGCCAUAUGGGAGCUGCCCUUGCACUGUUCAAGCACCUGGACACCAAAAUCUCUGUGCAGGUUACUCUGGAGAAUGAAGUGACCUACAUUCCACGUCUAGAUGAUAUGUUGUGCCAGCUCUCGCAGAGGGACUGUGCAGUGGAAAUUUUCUUCCAACACCAAUGGAAGAAUAAGGAAUGUGGCUCUUCUGAUGAAUACCUAGGCAAGCUGCAGCCUGGGGGUUGCAGGAGUCAUGGGUGCAGAGUGACUAAAUUCACAGGCCAUCUGGGCACACUUUCCUGCCUGCCAGAGACCACAACAAAGCUGAAGAUUGCCUUUGCCAACACUGAACAUGCCAAGCAACUUCUGGUGGAACUGAAUGACUUGAACAAAAGAUGUGAUAUCACAUAUAUAGGAAUCCACGUGAUGUCAGAGGUGAGGCCUGAUGGCCUGACGCCUCUGCCUGUUCCAAAACCCCUUGAGGAAAAAGAGAUUGGCAGUCUUUGGCUCUCUGGGGUAGAUAAAGACUGGGAGAUGAAGUGUGGAGUGAUUCGUGCACUCCUUCCUGAUGAGUGGAUGUUCAACUCCAUUAGGUUCCCUCAAUGCAACUUUACUGCCGAGCGUUGCACUGACAUCCUUAAGUGCCUGAAGGAGCUAGGAGUAAAGGUGAAUGAGUAAGGAGGCAUUCGCUUCUUCUCCACUUUCGAGAAAAAUGAACUAUCGGAUCUUAAGAAGUUUGCCAGGCAAAGUCUUGGCUGUGCCCUGUACUGCUCUGAUGAGUCCAGCGUGUGGUACCCUGACUGGUGAGACAGGAAGCCUUCAUGUGGCGACACAUUGCAGAGUUAAUGAAUGGCCCAGGCCAAGAUGGGGCGUGGGAUUCAGCGUCUCCCAUGCAGAGGCCCUUUGUGAUUUGAGGCUGUCAAGUACUGGGCUUUCAUUCAUUAAAGUAAGUAAAGGUUAAGUUUGGGGCAUAUUCUACAGUGGCUACAUUGGCCCUCAUCUUCACCCUCCCAGCCCUGGAGCCUGUGGUGGGUAAGGAGCUGAGAACCCACAACCCAGGGCCACAGGGCCAGUGUGAUGGUUUAAGGGCAACAAAGAGUGGAAAAUAAAAAAGAAGCCCGCUGCUCACCGCUCCCAUAGGUUACCACAGUUUACAUUUAAUGAAGUGGAGAUAAGCACUGAGGCCACAUGCAGCGACAGCAUAUGUCCCCAACUUUACCUUUGAAGGGGAGGAUGAACAGCUGGGUGGGCUACAUGCCAACUGCCCAGGCUGGGACUGAACCCCAGCCCGUAGAUUCAUAGACAGGUGUGCUAACUGCCACACCAUGGAGGUGCUUUACUAAGUUGCAGUGAAAUAUGUUUUAGUAUUUUCCUAGUGUGAUGCCCAGUCACCUUCAAGGGUUUUGGUGUACACAUUGCUGUUAUGCAU